CAAUAAUAAAAAACCGUACACCGUGCGCGUUAAUACGUAGAACACGAGCAAAUCUAACAAAUUGAAUGAAAUAUGCAGCAUGGUAGAAAAGUGCGGCUGUUAUACAAAACUUUACUGCGAUUGCACCGAGGUCUCCCGGAAGCACUGCAGGAAUUAGGCAACAACUAUGUAAAAGAAGAGUUUAAACGACACAAAAAUUGUUCUGUUGCCGAGAGCCAAUUAUUCAUAAACGAAUGGGCAGAAUACGCUUUGAUCUUAGCGGAACAGUUGGGCUUACGAGGCAAACCUAAGCCCGUGGGAAUGAUUGGAGCAAAUUUGUCACAGAAGCAACUGCAGUACUUCCGAGAUGAACAACUGUCUCAACUAUACGAACUACUGCAAGAAGCUAAGCGGUGAACAAUGCGUGAAUGAAGAAUCGUACGGAAGCGAAUGGAUAGCUGGAACAUCCUUUUCAUUUGCAACACUCAGGUACGAUUCGGGUAGUGUCGGGAAGUAUGCGUCACAAUCGAAACUCUGUUUAAUUUCCGUUAAAUAGACACGGUGACAACGAUCCGAUUCCAUUGCCUCUUUGUACACGCUACUGCCACCGACGAUCCAGACGUUCUCGAUAUUUGCACCAUGGUCAGUUGAAUCUAGCUUGUGUAUAGCUUCUUGAAGACUGCCACAAACAAUUACUUCUGGCGGAAACAUAUGGAUGGCUGGAUUGCGCGUGAGAACUAUAUUUAAGCGAUCCGACAACGGCCGCUUAGUCUCGGGCACUCCGAAGUACGUUUUUCUUCCCAUGAUCACUGCAUUUCGCUUGCUGCUAUCCAAUACUUUUUUCGUCAUACGAGAAAAGUAUCUAAGCUCAUUUCUGCAAACAAACGAGGUAAGACUUUAUAUUUGUGACGAAUAAACGUGGGCUUAAUACUAACUUUA